AGUAUAUAGAAAGGCAAAGUUUCAUAAUUUAGUAUUAAAGGAACUGGUUCAUGGGGUUUUUUUGUUAGGGUUUUUUUUUUUUUUUUUUUGAAAAAAUAUUUUUCAUUUUUUAUGUUAAACAUUAAAAAUAUAACUCGUUUAAUGUUGACAGCCAAAAUUUUGAUGCCUUAACUCUGUUAUGUAAACAAAGAUUAGAGUCUUUUAAUGUAAACAAACAAACCAGUGAAAUGUUAAUUUUGUAUUUUAAAGCAUCUUAAUUUUGCACAGUCUCAAAUUUAACUUUAGAUGACACAUUUUACCUAAAGAAUACUGUAAUCUUUGUUUACAAAUCAAUAAACUCUCUAAAAUGAGCUUCUGUAAUAAGGUAUAACUUUAAUUUUUUGGGAAACCUUUUAAACACAUUGGACAGUAUAUUUUGAUCAUUAAAAGUGAUAAACAAAGUUUGAGGGGAAAUUGUGGAUCAGUCCCUUUAACUGUGCAUUCAGAUAUGAUUUAAAUCAAAUUAUGAUUGAGAAAUAUAAAUGUGAAGAUAAGGGCAGAUCUCCAGAUGUGAUUAAGAAAAAUCAGAUCAAUGUAUGGCAAGUGUUUUUGGACAAAUUCUGAUAUGUUCUCAAGGUCAUUCUUAUUUCCUAAAAUUGCAUCUUACAUUUAUUCAUAAACAAGGACACUUUUAUGGACAAAUAAAUAGAUAUUUGAGAUGUAUACUACAAUCAAUGUAUCACUAUUUUUUAGUUGUUCUCAGUUUAUAAUGUUUAGUACUCAUCUUAAGUGAGAUUCAAAAUGGAAAUGAUAGACAUUAGUGAUUUUAAUCAAAAGUAAAGAUUUGAAAUACUAGUAUAGAAAACUGUAACCUCCAUGCAUUGGUGAUAUUUAAAAAUGCAUGAAUGAAAUAUCUAUUAAAAUAUUUCAGGAAAGAUUUAAUAUAAUUAUAAUUUUUUUGAAAAAUGUUCACUUUUGGAAUGUUUAAACAUUUUUCUAAUUUUAAAAUAAAAGUUAUACAUGGUAGACAGGAUUAAGUUAUAAUUGAAUUUAUUUAUUUUUUAAAACCUAGUUGUGAAACAUUUCUUGAAAUAAUUUGACCUUGGUGAGGAAUCCUAAUCAAGCUGUAUAGUAUCCAACAUUUGAUUUGUAAAUAAUUACAUGUAUGGAAUAUGAUUUCUAAAACCUAGAUAAUAAUACAAAUUAUUUUGUCAGUUAUAAUUGCUGUAAUGAUUGUUAAAUGGUCUACUUGUGCACUGACACCUACUUAUUGUAAGUGAAGGUGAGAAAGAGGAGACCUAGGUACCUGUAAUUAGUACUGGAAAUGUAAUUAGAUGCAGCACCUGCAACUACCAAUGAGAGUAGCCUGUGAUUUGGAGGGUGUCAGGAGUAGGAGGUAGAACUCGUUUAAUUGGUUUGUGUGCUCAGGCCAGGUAUAUAUAGGUAUCCCUCUGGCUAGCCCUUUCACUCUGGCUUAGAGCUGUUCAGACCUUGUGGAAACGAUUUAUUGAAAGUGAAGAACAAACUCUCUGAAAUCUUCAGACAAUAUUUGGACUUUUUCCAUUGGCUGGAAAUUGGUAAUUGUUAACUUGCUACAUUUAUCUGUUAAAGCCAAGAUGAAUGGGGCUAUGAUGUACGAUAGGGAUUACAUCGACCAUCACAAUGUUGACGGUCAGAAUCCUCAGAGUCACCCGUAUCCCCCCGCUACUGAGCAAUCGGUGAUGCAACCCCAGACCGAUUAUCCUGCGCCUUAUUUCCCACCGCCUUACACCGUGUCAUCGCAGCCUAACAUGGACUACCAGUACAAUAAUGCUUACGCCACCUUGUCAGACUACCAGCAGCAGCAGGAACAACCCAAUCAGCAGGAGUACCAAGCCAUGCAUAACAUGGACACUGUCCACGAGUACAAGAUGCAGGGAGCGGGUCCGAGCAUCCACAGACAAGAACCCAUGCAGGGAGCGGGUCCGAGCAUUCACAGACAAGAACCCAUGCAGGGAGCGGGUCCUAGCAUCCAUAGACAAGAAUCCAUGCAGGGAGCGGGUCCAAGCAUCCACAGACCAGAACCCAUGAUGCCGGGAGGCAUGCCUGCUAGUUUCGCAGACCAAGGUAUGAUGAGCAAUGGGAUCCAACAGGCAAUGCCACCCAUGAAUGGAAACUACCCACCGAUGGAGAAUUACAUGUCUAGGGAAAUGAUGGGCAACUUUAAUCCAGAGUCGCAGAAAACCGCCGUUGUAGUCCAUGAGAAAGCUAGUCGCAAUGAUGUGGAUAUAUCUGCUGCAGCUGCUCCUGCUGAUGUUUUCUGCAUGGUGGAUGGAAGGCUCUCCCUCCUCAGCAGUACCACCAAGUACAAAGUCACUAUUGCAGAGAUACAGAGAAGAUUAGCUCCCCCAGAGUGCCUGAAUGCUUCCCUGCUUGGUGGAGUUCUCAGAAGGGCAAAGUCCAAGAAUGGAGGGAAAAGUCUGAGAGAAAAGCUUGACAAGAUUGGCCUGAGUCUCCCAGCAGGCAGAAGAAAGGCUGUCCAGACCACACUCAUGACAUCACUGGUGGAAGGCGAAGCUGUACGUCUAGCGAGGGAUUAUGGGUACUUGUGCGAGUCGGAGUUCCCCGCCAAGAAAUGUGCCGAAUACAACUGUAAGAAGUACCAGACGCUGGAUCCCCAGGAAAUCAUGGCACGCAAAAAUAUGGUGCUGGCCACGAAACAGAUUCUGAAAGAGUUCAUGGAUAUCCUCAAUCAAGACCGAUCUCCAAUUGGAAACUCGCGUCCCCAGCCUGUCCUGGAACCAGAGAUACAGAGUUAUCUGACCAACUUCAGCCUCAUCUCCCAUGGUUUUGGAUCGCCUGCCAUCAUUGCUUCCCUUGCUGCGGUGCAGACGUACCUGACUGAAGUCCUCAAAGUCAUGGACAAGGGCUUCCUCGCCGAUGGAUCCAUGCCACCCUCCAAGAAGAGAAAGUUGUAAAGAUGUGGCAGUUUGCUUUGUAAAUAGAGUGCUUAGGAAUGACAUAUAGACUUCAGUGUGCAUGAAUAUAUAUAUAUCUUAUAGACUUCUUCUUUUUUUAAAAGUGUUUAAUUAUUUUCAGUGAUCUGUAAUUCCCGAGUCUUUUGUCAUUUUGUGAUGUUCGAUAACUUACAACUAUUUAAUGUGAUUAAUUCUACUGCUUUGUCAAUCUAAUAAUGUUUUGUGUUCAACAUGUUGUACUAACUGCAAAUUUUGAAUAAAUGGAUACUAAUAUUUCAUAUCUGUUUUACUGUCAUUUUUGCUCCUAUAUAUUUAUAGUGGAGAGAAAAGGUCCCUCAUGUAAAUGUACAACUGUGACAAGGGAUCAAAAUACUUUAUACAUGUACAAUGUAUAAUGAUCUGGGUAGUUUUGAUCAAACUUCUUAUCAAAACGUGCUAUGAACAUGUGUUAUGGAGAAAACUGUUUAAUGGUAUUUUUGAGCUAUACAGGCAACAAAUAUUGCUUUAGGAAAAUUAUUUUGCUGUGUUUGUAUAAUGUGUGGACUAGGAUUAUUACAGAAAGAAGAGGUUUCAAUACUGAAUUUUGGCCCAUGUUAAAUUAGAAACUUGUGUAAUUGAUAAAAUUCAGUCAAGUCCCCUUUAUAAAUUUUUUUUGCAUAACCAACACAUGAUAGUCAUGUGAUUAAGGGGUAUCUGAAGGGCCUAUCUAAAACCUCUUCAAAGGACUAUGGCGAUUAACUGCAUAUUAUUAAUCAUUGUAUAAAUGUUGCUGAUAUAAAUUUACAGUAAAAUUUAAAAAGACUUGGGGAAAAAAAGAAGCGCUAAGUUUUUAUAUUUCAAAGGAUUCUUGUAAAGAAUUCAUGAAUAGCAUUUAUGCUGUCUUGUAAAAUCUAGAGAUAUAUGUAUAAUAAACUCCUGCAGUAUACAUAUACAUGAAUAUUAUAUUUAUGAUUGUAGUGUAUCAUUAAAAAAUUUAUGAUUGACAUUUUUUCAAGCCAUUGCAUCCUGUUCCACUUAGAAAAAAAGUGACCAAUAGAUCUGAUGGUUAAUGACAAAGUGCCCUGUUAUUUGCCAAACCGUUAAAGGUUCAUUAAAAGAAAUGGUUUUAAAAAAAAUUCAGAUAAAUUAUAGUCGAACGUAAAUUAUUCUUUAAUGUAGUUAAAAUACAUGUUUAAAAAUUGUUUUAUCUGUAAUUUCUACUCCUAUCUUGUCCUGUCCACUCACCCAUUGUUACCUUACAAAAUUAGAUAUAUUGUGUGUGUACAUGUACUACAUGUAGAUGUAUUCCGAUGAGUUGUAUAACACAAGGACAAUAAAGAAUCGAAUUUCGGAGAGAAAUACAGGUGUCCUUUGACAGGUUGGAUCAGGGAGCUGCCAGUCUAGAAUUAAAAUUGAUUUAGGUACUUACUGCAUCUUCUAAAAAUUUUGGUGAAGUGCAAAAAACAAAUAGUAUAGGAAAAAACCAACUGAUGACUAUGCUUUCAUUCGUUUUGGUAGCAGAAACAAGACAUUAUUGACCUUUGACCCUACCAUGAACCAUGUUGAAACUUUGACAUACACUUUCAUUAAAGUAUAAAUUUGUGGUACUUUGUGAAGCAAUGUUUUUAACAUAUUCUAAAUAUAUGCAUUUUAUAACAUUGAGUUUUUGUACAAAUUUUCUAUGACUCUUAUAAUCACAAAAUUACCAGUACUUGUAGCAAAAUUUUAGUAUACUGUUUCUAUGCCUAUAAGUAAUCAAAUAACAAAGUAUGGUUUUAGUACUGUAUGCAAUGCAUGGUGAAAUAGAAGGUUAAAUGACAUGGCCCUCCAAUAUCUUCCUGUACAUACUCAAUGUUGAAUUGGUAGAAGUUAUCGUAAAUCUGUCAUGUAUGCAAAGUUAUCUUAAUGUAAUACAAUGCACAAAAUUGCAAAUGUUGGAAAUUAUGAAAAUAAGUUUAAAAUUGUUUUCACUUCAUUUUUAUUUUU